CCCCGGCCCCCCCGCCCCGCCGGCGCUGCCCAUGGGCCCGGCACGAUGCCGGUGCGGCGGGGGCACGUCGCCCCCCAGAACACCUUCCUGGACACCAUCAUCCGCAAGUUCGAGGGGCAGAGCCGCAAGUUCAUCAUCGGGAACGCGCGCGUGGAGAACUGCGCCGUGAUCUACUGCAACGAGGGGUUCUGCCGGCUCUGCGGGUACUCGCGGGCCGAGGUGAUGCAGCAGCCCAGCACCUGCGACUUCCUGCACGGGCCCCGCACCCAGCGCCGCGCCGCCGCCCAGAUCGCCCAGGCCCUGCUGGGCGCCGAGGAGCGCAAGGUGGAGAUCUGCUUCUACCGCAAGGAUGGCAGCUCCUUCCCGUGCCUGGUGGACGUGGUGCCAGUGAAGAACGAGGAUGGCACCGUCAUCAUGUUCAUCCUCAACUUCGAGGCCGUGAGGGAGCCUGAGCCCGGCGAGGCCCCGACCCCCAGCACCAACCACUGGGUCACCCCGGCCCCCUGGGGGCCUGCAGGACGCAGCCGGUCCCUGCGGCUGAAGCUGCUGGCGCUCACGGGCAGCCGCCAGUCGCUGCCCCCCGAGCCGCCCGACGUGGUGGUCGUGGACCCGGGGGUCACGGACCCGCUGGCCACGGACCCCGCCCUGCCUGCCAGCGACUCGGGCCCUGAGGACGCCUCAUCCUCGCUGGAGCCCGGUGUUGGGGACCGUCCCGAGGACGAGGCGGCGCUGAUGGGGGACCCCGAGCCGCCGGUGACGCAGUCGUCCCCGCGGGCCGAGCGCCUGGCGCUGGCCUUCGCCAACCACAGCCUGGCCAGGAGCCGCUCCCGGGAGCGCCGGUCCCGGGAGAGCCUCCGCAGCCUUCGCCGGGCGUCGUCCGUCGAUGACAUCGAGGCCAUGAAGGGUGACGGGGACAAGCGCUGCCACAGCCGCCACGCCAGCGCCGGUGCCGGCCUGCACCGCGGCUCCAGCACCGGCGCGGUGGCCGCCGUGCGCAGCGCGCUGCUCAACUCCACGUCGGACUCGGACCUGGCGCGGUUCCGGGCCAUCGGCCGCAUCCCCCAGAUCACCCUCAACUUCAUGGACCUGCAGCCGGGGGGGCUCCUGGCCCCGCCCCCGGCCCCCCGGCCCAUCAUUGCCCCCACCAAACUGCGCGACCGCACCCACAACGUCACCGAGAAGGUCACACAGGUGCUGUCCCUGGGUGCCGACGUGCUCCCCGAGUACAAGCUGCAGGCGCCGCGCAUCCACCGCUGGACCAUCCUGCACUACAGCCCCUUCAAGGCCGUGUGGGACUGGCUGAUCCUGCUGCUGGUCAUCUACACGGCCAUCUUCACGCCCUACUCGGCCGCCUUCCUGCUCAGUGACUCCGAGGAGGCCCAGCGGCACCAGUGCGGCUACUCCUGCAGCCCCCUCAACGUGGUGGACCUCAUCGUGGACAUCAUGUUCAUCAUCGACAUCCUCAUCAACUUCCGCACCACCUACGUCAACUCCAACGAGGAGGUGGUCAGCCACCCCGCCAAGAUCGCCAUCCACUACUUCAAGGGCUGGUUCCUCAUCGACAUGGUGGCCGCCAUCCCCUUCGACCUGCUCAUCUUCGGCUCUGGCUCCGAGGAGACCACGACGCUCAUCGGGCUGCUGAAGACGGCGCGGCUGCUGCGGCUGGUGCGGGUGGCGCGGAAGCUGGACCGCUACUCGGAGUACGGCGCGGCCGUGCUCUUCCUGCUCAUGUGCACCUUCGCCCUCAUCGCCCACUGGCUGGCCUGCAUCUGGUACGCCAUCGGCAACGUGGAGGGGCAGCGCACGGGCUGGCUGCACGCGCUGGGACAGCAGAUCGGCAAGCCCCUCAACGGCAGCUUCGGGCCCUCCAUCAAGGACAAGUACGUCACCGCGCUCUACUUCACCUUCAGCAGCCUCACCAGCGUCGGCUUCGGCAACGUGUCCCCCAACACCAACUCCGAGAAGAUCUUCUCCAUCUGCGUCAUGCUGAUCGGAUCGCUGAUGUACGCCAGCAUCUUCGGGAACGUGUCGGCCAUCAUCCAGCGGCUGUACUCGGGCACGGCGCGCUACCACACGCAGAUGCUGCGGGUGCGCGAGUUCAUCCGCUUCCACCAGAUCCCCAACCCGCUGCGCCAGCGCCUCGAGGAGUACUUCCAGCACGCCUGGUCCUACACCAACGGCAUCGACAUGAACGCGGUGCUGAAGGGGUUCCCCGAGUGCCUGCAGGCCGACAUCUGCCUGCACCUGAACCGCAGCCUGCUGCAGAACUGCGCCCCGUUCCGGGGGGCCACCAAGGGCUGCCUGCGGGCGCUGGCCAUGAAGUUCAAGACGACUCACGCGCCCCCCGGGGACACGCUGGUGCACGCCGGGGACGUGCUCACCGCGCUCUACUUCAUCUCCCGCGGCUCCAUCGAGAUCCUGCGCGGCGACGUCGUGGUCGCCAUCCUGGGUAAGAACGACACCUUCGGGGAGCCGCUGCACCUGCACGCCCGGCCCGGGAAGUCGCGGGCGGACGUUCGGGCGCUCACCUACUGCGACCUGCACAAGAUCCUGCGAGAGGACCUGCUCGAGGUGCUGGACAUGUACCCCGAGUUCUCCGACCGCUUCUGGGGCACCCUCGAGAUCACCUUCAACCUGCGCGACACCAACAUGAUCCCCGGCUCCCCGGGCAGCGACGAGCUGGACGGAGGCUUCUCCCGGCUCCGGCGCCGCAAGCUGUCCUUCCGCCGGCGCCCCGAGAAAGAUGCCCCCAGUCCCGAGGAGUCCCGGGCGCUGCGGGGGGACGGCGGGGGUGGCCAAGCCCCCGGAGCCCCCCGAGGCCCGGCCGAGUGGGACCCCCCCAGCCGCUCCAGCUGCGGCUCCAGUGACGAGGAGGAGCCCCCCGCGCCCCCUCCAGGGGCCACCGCGCUGUCCCCGUUCCGCAGUGCCCCCCCGGCUCCCCCCGAGCCCGAGGAGCGAGAGGGCAGCGAUAUGUGCAACCCCCUCUCAGGCGCCUUCUCGGGGGUCUCCAACAUAUUCAGUUUUUGGGGUGACACCCGGGGCCGCCAGUACCAGGAGCUCCCCCGUUGUUCCCACGGGCCCCCCCCAACCCCCCCGACCCUGACCCGCCGCCAGCGCUCCGACCUGGAAUCCCGCUUGGAUGUGCUCCAAAAACAGCUCAACAGGCUGGAAUCGCGGCUGAGCACGGACAUCUCCUCCAUCGUGCACCUGCUGCAGCGCCAGGUGCCGGUGCCCCCCGCCUACAGCGCCGUGACCUCCCCGCACCAGCCCCCCCCGGGGCCGCUGCCCCCCGCCCUGCCCGUCACCCCCAUCCGGCCGCUCGCUCAGGUCCCGCGCCCCCCGCGCGCCCCGGACCCCCCGGACGUGGUGCUGCUGCUGGAGCCGCCCCCCCCGCGGCGCCGCUCCCUGCCCGGGGCGCUGCCCCCCCCCGCGGGGACCCCCCCGGGGACCCCCCCGCUCCAGAGACACUGCUCCGACCCCGGCAGCUAAUGGGAGCGCCGGGGCGCGGCGGGACCCCCGGAGCCACGGGACCCCCGACCCCGGAAAGCGGGACCCCCGGAGCCCUCGGACCCCAGGACGUGGGAGCCCUGGAGUCCCCAGACCCCGAGACACGGGACCCCCAAAGCCCAGGACGUGGGACCCCUGACCCCGGAGUGUGGGAGCCCUGGACCCCGGCACGUGGGACCCCUCGGCCCGCAGCCCUGGACGCCACGACCCGGGACCCCCGGAGCCACAGGAUCCCUGGCUCUGGACCCUGGGAGCCCCGGAGCCCUGGAAGUCCUGGAGCCCUGGGACCCCCAGCCCCGGAAUGUGGGACCCCCAGAGUCCUCGGAGCCCCACACCCUGGCACCUGGGACCCCUGGAGCCUGGCACCUGGGACCCCCGGGGCUGCGGGACCCCUGUCCCCAGCAUGUGGGACCCCCAAAGCCCAGGCCGCGGGACACCCAGAGCCCUGGGACCCCUGACCCCAAAAGGUGGGGGCACAGAUCCCGCAGCCGUGGGGUCCCCAGAGCCCUCCCCCGGCCCGGCCCGCCGGGGCUCCGGCCACUGCCCCAUGGACACUGCCCUCGGUGCCGGCGGCCAGCGGGGGAACUCGGGGCCGCCGGGACCCCCCCUUAUCCCGCCUCACCCUGGGGCCCCCUGCCCCGGACUGUCAGACUGUGCUGCUCUUCCUCCUCCUCCUCCUCCUCCUCCUCCUCCUCCUCCCCGAGCCCCGGGGCGGCGGGGGGGUGCACAGGUGUGUGUGUGCACAGGUGUGCACAGGUGUGUCCCCGGGUCCUGUCCCCAGGACGUCACGUGUGUGUCGGGGGGUCCCGCUGCGCUGGGACACGCGUGUUGCCCCCCGUCCGUGUGUGUGUGUGUGUGUGUGUCCCCCCGCCGUGUCCCCGCCGUGUCCCCCCCCAGGACCCCCCAGUCACGGGUGGGGCCGGUGGCUCCGUGUGUGCCCCUCCCGGCUGAGGGAGGGUCGGGACCCUCCGUGUGCCCCUUCCCGCCCGGCCGGGCCGCGCGUCCCCCGAGCCCCCGGCCGCUCCCCCCGCACAGCCGGGUGACGCGUGGCACUGUCACCCCACGCACAGGGAGGGGGACGCAGGGCUCGAGGGGCUGCCGCUGCCCGGCCGCCCCGUAGCGUGUGCCGUGUUUGUCCCAUGUCACCCCUGCAUGUCACCCCCGCGUAGGUGCCCCCAAUAAACCAGACAGAGACCCCCG